GGGUACAAGAUGCAUCAGGCGUAAGGUCGUCGCUUCAUCUUGUUACACUUCCAUGUAGUCUGAGGCCAGCUUUGGGCGCAAAAUGAUCUCGGGUCUCGUGUUGUUUGUGGCAAUCGUGACGCUAAACGCUGCCGCAGUGGUACUGGCUCCAGUGAAGGUGCUGAACGAUGGCAACAAGAUGCCGAUGCUUGCACUGGGGACGCACAAUUCAACUGGUGAGGCAGCGUUCACAGCCACUGUGUCGGCCAUCGAGCUAGGCUAUCGGCACAUCGACACUGCAGUCAUCUACGAAAACGAGGAGCAGAUAGGCAGAGCCAUUGCUGAUGUGAUGAAGCGAGGACUCGUCAAGAGGCAGGAUCUCUUUAUUACAACCAAGAUUUGGAAUGACAAGCACUCCAGAGAAGAUGUAGUUCCGGCAUUGAGAGAAGCUUUGGGAAGACUCAACUUGACAUAUGCAGACCUAUACCUAAUACAUUUUCCCAUAGGUGAAAAGGCUAAUGAUAAACUGGCCGAUACUGAUUAUCUUGAAACGUGGAUGGGCAUGGAGGACGCCAAAAACCUGGGACUGACCAAAUCCAUCGGAGUGUCCAACUUCAAUAGCGAGCAGAUAGACAGGAUUAUCGCAAACAGUCACACGAUACCCGCAGUGAACCAAAUAGAGGUUAACCCGUCGCUGACGCAAGAAUCUUUGGUAGCCUACUGCCAGAAAAAAGGAAUUGUCGUCAUGGCCCACAGCCCCUUCGGCUUUAUGGUGGACCGUGAAUCUCUGGAGUCCCCGCCUCCUGCACCCGAUGAUCCGGUACUGACGAAGAUAGCAAAGAAAUAUGGGAAGACCACAUUCCAAGUAGUGCUGCGGUAUUUGGUUGAUCGCGGAACAGCUCCAGUGCCCAAAUCAGCAGACCAACGUCGCCAAAAGCAGAACAUUGACAUUUACGAUUUCAAACUUACAGAGGAAGAAAUUGCAGCUAUCAACAAAUUUAACAGUAAUACCCGAGUAAUAAAGGGCGUGUUCUGGUUUGACCACCCCUAUUACCCUUUUAAUAAAGACUAAUUGCCACGUAAAAUAUUAUGGAAUAAGAAUAGACAUUAGUUUUAAACCCUGGCUACUACAUAACUAACUAGAAAUGUCUUUAAGAGUUUAAAUAUCAUCACCAUCAUCUUAAAUAUCACUUCUUCGUGUGUCUUGAUUUAGAAGUACAUAAUUAUAUCGCGUAAAUCGAAAAUUAAAAUUUCGUUAUGUGCAUCUCUAUUGCUCGAAUAUGCAAGAGUUACGAGAUCUCAGACGAUUAGACGAAGGAAGGAGAAGAGAGAGGCACGAAGUUAAGCAGUAUGAAAGUCAGUCAAGAGGACAGUUUUGGGUUAAAUGGUGCCAUUCUUUGCUUGACUAAGAUUAUCCAUUGUUAAGGUUCAACCGAGUUUCGAGUUAGUCAAAUUGUGGUCAAAAAUGUAAUUUUAGGUAACAAAAUAUUUUACAUUUGUAAAAAACACGAGGUGAGAAAUAAAACACAAAAGUACUCAAAAUACUAGAUGUUACUUCAUAUAAAAUGUAUUAUCAAUGUUUAUAAAAUAAACAUAAGUAUACCAAUUAAUUUUGUUAUUCUAGAUUCCCCAUUUGUGAUUUUGAAUUUAAAGGACUAAUUAAAUUAUAAGAAUAAUAAUAUGUGAUUUUGUUUUCAUGACCCUAUGUCAAUCAUUUAUCUUAUCAGAUAUGUAGCCUAAUAAUGAAAUGCUGCUAAAUACAAUAACUCCACCAAAGUAUUGUUCUUUCCAAGUAUAAUAUCACAUAUAUACGCUCCUAAAACGACGUAAAACUCAUAGUUUUACUUUAAAAAGCCGUGCUUACGUAGGGUGACCAUCUAAGGGUUAAGGCACUUUCCCUCCAGGGCCCAUCAUUCUUUUUCACACUGUAUAUUUGUUUCUUAAAAAGUAACGUUUCAGACAAA